ACGCAGGCGACCACCUGCCCUCGAACUUAUUCCCAUGGACGCGUCAUCUGUGCUCGGCGACGACAGCGACUACGAGGUCAUCUCGGAACGCUCGCUUGACUCAAGCCUCGCCGACCUCAACCUACACUGCGCUUCCGCGAGCGAAAUCUUCGAACCUCCGCCGUCCGCGGCGGCGCAGGAGCGCUGGCCGACGACGCGGUGGUCGCCGGAGGACGUGCGCGAGCAUGUGAGGAGGGCACUAGACGCGUCGGCAUACUCCAAGUACAACAACCAGGGCUCUGGACGCGAGCACGUUCGGGUGUACGUCGAUGGGUUGUGGGAUGGGUUUAACACAGCGCAUGCGCUGCAGCUGCGCCAGGCGAAGCUCGCAUUCCCCUCCGUCUAUCUCAUGGUCGGCGUCUUCUCGGACGACGAUUGCCGUCAGCACGGUUCCCCCGCGAUGGCGCCGCACGUCGAACGAUGCGAGGUCGUGCGGCACUGCCGCUGGGUCGACGAAGUCAUUGGGGACGCACCCUGGCAGCUCAAUGACGCCUUCAUUCUUGGUCGGCGCAUAGACUAUGUCGCGAUCGACGAGGGAACCUCCGUCGACCCUGCUUGCGACAAGGUGCGCCUACGCGGUUAUGACGCUGUCAAGAGCCUCGGUAAAGUCAUCCCCACGCGCCGUACGUUUGGCGUAACGCGGCCCCAGAGCCGUCUCGCGACGCCCGUCGUACAGAACAGCCGGCCUCUUCCAAAUGUGCAAUCGCCGCCACCGUCACAACUGGCUGACGACGGAGCAUACCCACCAGAGCAAGACCUUCCAUUGUCAAUUGAGACGAAAGCUCGUCAAGCCGUCGACGACGAGCUGCCGCCCACUCCUCCGUCUCCGUACUGAUCUUUCGCCUUCAUGCUUUCUAGUACAUGUAUCACAUUACCCUGCGUUUGUUCAUGCUCUGUAGCACUAUGUGGAUCUCGUUCUCUAAUCACCCAUUCGUCCUUUUUUCCUAUCUGGUUGCACGUCCAAGGUCGUACGAGGGGAAUUCGAGGCUCGAAGACGACGUCAUCGCCUAAUUCGGCUUUCAAUACCUUCCUAAUCUGGAAA